AUGCGUCUGCAAUUUGUUGUCCUGCUAGUCGCUUCCGUCGUAAUCGCAACUACCGAUGCGACUUCCGGUUCUUCAUUCGCUACUAUUCGAGACGAUACUCCUGCUGAACGCUCUUUGAGAAUCAGCGGCAUCAGUGCUAGCGACGAAGAGAGAGGAGGCCCCGUUGCUCUCGAGAAGGUCAAGACCCAACUGCCGACAUCGACCAUCACCGAGAAGACACUCGCGCGCUGGGCUCAGAACAACAAGUUCCCCAAAAAGGCCCUGAUCCGGCUGAACCUUUACAGCGCAGGAGACAAGUUCUUCAAGAAACCUGAGUUCGAGAAAUGGGUCACGUACAUGACCCUGCUCCACAAACAGAACGCAGAAGCAGCGGUGAUAUCGACUCUGAUGACGCGCUACCCCGACGACGCCCUCUCGCAGAUGCUCAUUGCGGCUAAGAAGGUGGCGGGUACGGAGGCGAUCGCCACCAAGUUGCUGACCGAACAGGCGCGCGUUUGGUCGAGUAGUGGCAAGUCAGCCGACGAGGUCUUUGGCCUGUUCCAGCUCACCAAGGCCGGGGACAAACUUCUCGAUAAUCCGCAGUUCACAGCGUGGACUAAAUACGUGGACGAUCUGAACAAGAACAACGUCGAAAAGGCAAAUGCGAUGAUGACAUCGGCCUUGGCAACUCACUACACGGAUGAAGCACUCGCGACCAUGGUGGUAGCAGGCAAGAAGGUUCCAGGUACAGAAAAUAUCGCGACGAAGCUGGAGGCUGCGCAGAUCCAGGGCUGGUUGUCCAGUAAAGUGGAACCGGUCGAUGGUUUCAAGUCGAUCAGCCUUGACCAAGUCGGGGCGGGCUUGUUGACUAACCCCAAGUUAAAUACCUGGGUCAAAUACAUGGACGCGUUUAAUGCGAAGAACCCGAGGGCGAAGACGACAAUGGUCAAGACGUUCACGACGUACUACGGCGACGAAGGUCUGGCCAAGAUGCUCGUUGCGGCAAAGAAUGUUGAGACGACCGAGGAGAUGGCUACGGAUCUACAACACGCACAGGCAACUGGCUGCUUGCCAAGGCAGAGCCGAGAGAUGUUUUCAAGUGGGUGGGCAUUAAGGGAACUGCACCUGACAGUGCUGAGAGAGACCUCUAUCACAAGUACCUCAAGAAGUUCAACAGCAUGUACAUUGGCCGUCGGCUGA